AAUUAUCUCACUUCGGACUUUGUUCUAAUGGCAACUCCAAGUUUCCGUAGAUUCACAUACGAUGUGUUUCUCAGCUUUAGAGGGGAAGACACGCGUUAUGGUUUCACUGGUAAUCUCUACAAAACUCUCUGUGACAGGGGAGUUCACACUUUCAUGGAUGAUGACAAACUUCAAACUGGAGAGGAAAUCACACCAGCGCUUCAGAAAGCAAUUGAAGAGUCUAGGAUUGCCAUCGUUGUGCUCUCUCACAACUAUGCUUCUUCCUCCUUCUGCUUAGAUGAACUUGCAACCAUCCUUGACUGCAAGAGUAAAUGGCUGUUGGUUAUACCAGUGUUUUAUAAGGUGGAUCCUUCUUAUGUCAGACAUCAGAAGGGUAGCUAUGAAGAAGCAUUGGCUAAGCAUCAAAAGAGGUUCAAAGGGCAGGAGGAGAAGUUACAUAAAUGGAAGAUGGCUCUGCGUCAAGUUGCUGACUUGUCUGGCUAUCACUUCGGACAUGGGGAUGAAUACCAGUACAAGUUUAUUGGGAGCAUUGUUGACCGGGUUUCCAGGGUGAUUAAUCGUGCUCCUUUACAUGUUGCGGAUUACCCAGUUGGCCUACUGUCACAUGUGCUGAAAGUCAAGAAACUUUUGGAUGUUGGAUCAGAUGAUGUUGUCCACAUGAUAGGGAUCUGUGGAAUGGGUGGAUUAGGAAAAACAACAAUUUCUCUAGCAGUUUAUAAUUUGAUUGCUGAUGAUUUUGAUAGUUCAUGUUUUCUUCAAAACGUAAGAGAAGAAUCUAAUAAACAUGGGUUAAAACACCUCCAGACCGUCCUUCUUUCAGAAAUACUUGGAGAGAAGGACAUCAGCUUAGCAAGUGUGCAGAGAGGAAUUUCAGUGAUACAACAAAGACUUCGUAGAAAGAAAGUUCUCUUGAUUCUAGAUGAUGUUGACAACAGAAAGCAGUUACAAGCAUUUGCUGGAAGAUCUGAUUGGUUUGGUCCUGGCAGCAGAGUUAUCAUUACCACUCGGAACGAACAGCUGCUAAAAUCUCAUGAGAUUCAAAGAACUUACGAGGUGGAGGAAUUGAAUGAGAAUGAUUCUCUUCAAUUGCUUGUAUGGAAUGCUUUCAAAAGGGNAAAAUAA